AUGUCCAACAAAUCGGCAAAGCGCAACAAGGCACGGCGCAACAAAGAGAAGCGCGAUAGAGACGAGCUCAGAGCUGCCAACGAGUAUGAAGACACGGCGUCGGCCACCAGUACUUCUGGGGCGGGACCCAGUUCAGCCUCUGGCAUCAACUAUCUGACUGAGGAGCCGUGUCUCUUCGAGGUCCGCAGCAUCCCUGGCAAGGAUCUAGGACUGGUCGCCACAGCCGAUAUCCCCAAGGGCACUCGCAUUCUCAAGGAAGCGCCGCUCUUGGUCGUCAAGCUAGGAAAGCCUGUUCAAAUCGAGGCGGCCGUUUCUGCAGCCAUCCAAUCCUUUGGGCCGUGGAAGAAGAAGGCGCUGCUCGGCCUCUACAACUGUCACCGGGAUACCAAGUACAAACUGCAUGGGAUAUUCGUCACGAACGCCUUGCCGCGUGGGGAAGGUGCAGGCGCAGUGUUCGAGUACAUCAGCCGCAUCAACCACAGCUGCCGGCCCAAUUCCCACAUCUGCUGGAACGACAACCUCGGCAUGGAGACGGUGCACGCCAUCCGCACCAUCAGCAGCGGCGAGGAAAUCACAAUCAACUACGGCCACACAGGCGUGAGCGAGGAACGCCAGGCGUGGUUGAAGAAGAGGUUCAAAUUCGACUGUGCCUGUGAGGUGUGCGGGCUGGGGCAGCGCCAGCUUCGCGCCAGCGACAGUACUCGUCGCCGGAUUCGGGACCUCACCGAUGCGCUCCACCGUUCUCUGAGCGUGCCCCACAUACCUGUCAACAUUGACACCAUCCGUCAAAAUUACCUCGACGUCCAGGAACUCAUCAAGGGCGAGUUUGGGCCGGACUGCGCUAUGCGAGCCGAGAUCUACGAGCUCGCUUACGACAUUGCGGUUCUUGAGGGGCGGCAGUUCCAUGCCGAACGGCAGGCUCAGGCGGCCUAUGAUAUCCGCGUUGUCGCCCAGGGCUACGAUCACCCUGACGCGGAGGAGAUAUUGAAGACCAUGUGUGACCCGGUCAGUGAUCCGUGUUUUGGCGUAUGCGCUCCUAAGCCUCGUAAUGGUAGGGAUCAGUGA